AUGGCAUACAAAAGAGUUAUACCAAUAUCUCCCUCCCCAGAAUCCAAUAAUGCAUUCUUCGAAAACCAAUCGGUAAGAAUCCCCACACUCUUUAGUAGCUCCUCCGUCAUUGUGGGAUCCAUUGUUUGUCCCAUCACAACCACCGACAACAACAAUGGUAAGCUGAUGGGGCGAACAUUAGAACAACCAUCCUCUAGUAGGUUUAUUGAUCUAUCUCCGGAACAAAUGAAGGACGUUAAGGCAUCCUCCUCAAAAAAACCCAAGGGUAGGCCGAUAGGCUCUAAAAACAAAUCAAAAGAACUUGUCGUUUUAAAUGAAAAAAAACAAAACCUAAUGGAACCGAUUCUAAUUAAGAUCCCUUAUGGAAAGGAUGUGGUGGAGACUCUCAUUGACUUGGCUCGGCAUCAACAAGUUGGAAUCACAGUGCGAAGUGGUUCUGGUCCUGUUUCUGGUGUUACUCUUCUCCACCCGACAACUGGUGCCCCUACUCCCCCCAUGAUAGGAACGUUUGAUAUGAUAUCUUUCUCUGGAACUUACAUAAAUGGCGAUUGUCAUCAGAUUCCUCCCAAAUUAAUUGCGGUCCCAACGGGUUCCUCUUUCUCUAUUUGCUUCUCUGGGGUUGGUAAUGAGAUAUUUGGUGGAAUUGUUGGAGGCAAGGUUGAGGCGGCUGGUAAUGUUUUUAUUACGGCAGCUCUUUUUAAAAACCCAGAGUUUCAUAGGGUGUCCAUCAUCAAUGGAACUUAUCAAAUUGAUGAAGGCAACCCAAGAGAUGUUGGUGGUAUCAUCCCUAGUGUUCAUCAUGUUGUACCUGAAUCUAAUAAUGACUAUGAUAUUCACAUGAAUGACAUUGAUAAUUAG